UUUGUAACAAGGAUAUAUCUGCUGUAACAUCCAUCCGCAUAGCUGCAGUCACCUUAAAGAAUACUAUUGCUGUCGUGACGCAGAAACCUCACAUCUUAUUCGUUUGAUGGUCUACAUGUUUCUGUCAUACAAGUCCCCAACAGCAAAUACUCACCGAAUCAAUUUGCAUACCUAAACAAUGGCACCCACUGCUUCUUGCGCCUGUCUCAGGACCGCUGAUCAGUCAAUGCCGGACCUGGAGCCUACCAUGUUCCCGCAGUUCGAUCUGGCUGAGGUGACACGUUCUGAGUACCUGGGAUAUGCCUCCCAGAUCGAUCACGUCGCACCUGACGAUCUGAGCGUCACGUGCACUGCUCUUUGGGCAACAUGGGCGAUCCUUCUUGGCUGCUUCACCGGGAUGGACAAUGUGUGCUUCGGCUUUGACAGUCAGCACAACGUUACCGAAACGUCGGGACAUGCAGAGCGCAUGAGGCAAGCUGUGCAUGUUCGUUUGCCUACCAAUCAGCGUGUCGAGGAGAUUCUCACCGGCAGAUCUUCAUCGCUGGUUCUGGUACGCGACGACAAGGCCAAAACACUAUUCAACACUAUUCUAUCAAUUCAGAGCCUCGACCAUGAACCUAGCAACGACGUCGGAGACUUUCCUUCGUGGUGCAAGAUUCACAUGACGAUAGAUCCUAUGACGCUCGACACUAUCUUGACAUGGAACCCUUCCUUCAUGAGCCGAGAUCAAGCAGAGAACGUCAGCAGGACCUUCGAGAAGAUUUUCAGGGAAAUCAUCAACCGCCCUGAGACUCUCGUGUCAAAGAUAAACUGGUCCAGUGAGCGAAAUGAGCGACAAGUCUUGGCCUGGAACAGCAACCCUAUAAGAGAUGUGCACAAGUGCAUCCACCAAGCCGUGUCAAUGCAGGGAGCGUUGAGACCCGAUGCAGAGGCCGUUUGCGCUUGGGAUGGAAGUCUUUCCUACCAGCAGGUCUUGUCACUAUCAGACCGUCUGGCGUGUCACCUGAAAGCCUCGGGCGUUGGACCUGAAGUGUUUGUGCCCCUCUGCUUCGACAAGUCCAAAUGGGUUGUUGUUUCCAUGCUGGCAGUCCUCAAAGCAGGCGGCAUCUUUGUACCCCUCGACCCUGCGCAACCACUGCUUCGUCUACAAUCUCUCGCGCAAAAGGUGCAAGCCAAGACUAUCUUGUGUUCCCCUCAACACCAAUGCAUGCUAGUGAGCGUAGCGCCCGAGUUGAUCCCCGUCGAUGACCAACUAUUUACCGAACUACCUGAGAAUAGUGACGAGGUCGACUUCGGAUCGUGGCGCAACGGAGCCUACAUGAUAUUCACGAGUGGCACAACGGGUGAGCCCAAAGGCGCCCUCAUCGAGCAUGGAGCCCUCAUGUCGAGUGCACUAGCUCACGGUCCUGCAAUGAUGAUGGACUCCAACACGCGAUCGUUCCAAUUCGCUGCAUCUACCUUUGACGUGAGCAUCACCGAGAUCCUGACCUGCAUGAUCUUGGGUGGAUGUGUCUGCAUACCCAGCGAAGACGAUCGACUCAAUGCAGUUGAGGGGGCCAUCACGCAGCUCCGAGCAAACUGGGCGCUGUUAACUCCGACAUUCGUCAAGUUCAUCAACCCCGCCAAUGUCCCGACAUUGAAGACACUCGUCACUGGUGGAGAGGCCAUGACGCAGGCUGUCAUCCGCUCGUGGUCGCACAUCAACCUCAUCAACUGCUACGGCCCUGCAGAGACGUCUGUUGUUUCACAUGUCCAUCGAGGAAUGGUGCAGGGGACUAAUCCGUUGAACAUUGGCCACCAGAUCGGCAUACACUGCUGGAUUGUGGAUCGGGACAAUCACGACCGUCUCAUGCCCGUUGGUGCAGUGGGCGAGUUAGUCAUCGAAGGCCAUACGCUCGCACGCGAGUACUACAAGGAGCCCGAGAAGACGCGCGAAGCCUUUAUUGAAGAUCCAUCGUGGGCAAAGAACCAGCUGUCGCGGACUGGCUCUAGACGAAUGUACAAGACGGGCGAUCUCGUCAAGUACAACCACGAUGGGACAUUCCAUAUUGCCGGCCGCAAAGAUGCUCAGAUCAAGUUUCACGGGCAACGCAUCGAACUCGGAGAGAUAGAGCAUCACAUCAAUGCCAGCGCCAGCAUCAAGCACGGCAUAGUCGUCCUGCCGAGAGAAGGCUUCUGCAAUGGCCGACUCUUGGCCAUCGUUCAGCUCUGCGAUGCUCUCAAUCAGGACCUCGUGCCCAACGGCCAGCCCUACAAGCUGAUCGACGGCGAGCUAGAAAGUACCAUGCAGGAAAAGAUCGCAGAGACCAAGGAUCUGCUUAGUAAGAGGCUACCUUCGUACAUGAUACCGUCCAUGUGGCUUGCCGUCGAGUUUAUCCCUCGUCUCCAAUCUGGGAAACUUGACCGGAAGCAAACGGCAGAAUGGGUCGAUGGCAUGAGCGAGGCUCUGUAUCGACAGCUCAACCCUGUAGCAGCAGUGGUUCAGCUUUCGGAGGAUCUCAAGUGCGAAAGCAAGAUUGAGCUGGAGCUACAUAAGAUCUGGACGUACGUCUUGAACCUGAAGGAAGAGCAGCUUGGUCUUGCACAGUCCUUCCUGAGUGUUGGCGGUGACUCCAUCUCCGCGAUGCAAGUUAUGAGCGAGUGCAAGAAACGUGGCCUCGGCCUGGCAGUCUCGCAUAUCAUCAACUGCAAGUCCAUCAGCGCACUGGCACUACAGGUUAAGGAUAUUGAGAGGCCUGCGCUUCUGCACGAGAUAGUUGAAACACCCUUUGACCUCUCGCCUAUCCAGAAGCUCUACUUCUCGAGGCCCAACUACGAUCAGGGUCAUUACAAUCAGAGCUUUCUCCUCCGGACGAGCCAACGUAUCCAUGAGUCAGAUCUGCGCAAAGCAAUGGAGACUCUUAUUUCCAGGCACUCGAUGCUCCGUGCGAGGUUCCAGCAGGAUGUCAGUGGAGAGUGGCAACAACGCAUCACCAACGACGUUACGUCCUCGUACCGACUGCGUGCCUUGAAACUGGCUUCGCAAGAGGACGUCGAUCACUUGCUUGUCAAUAGCCAGACUUGCCUAGAUCCUGUACACGGUCCACUUGUCGCUGCUGAUCUUAUUGACCGAGGGGCAGAAGAGCAGCUCUUGUUCGUCGUGGCGCAUCAUCUGGUCAUUGACCUUGUCUCAUGGAGGAUCAUCCUCCAAGAGCUCGAGGAGAUAUUGCUCCGCCCAGAAGCUGUGCGCGAUACAGAUCGUCCACUCCCGUUUCAGGUCUGGUGCAAGAUGCAGUCCGAGCAUGCUCAGGCCCAGACCCUAGACCAAGUACUGCCAAUCCAUGGUAUUCCUGACGGAGACGCCGAGUACUGGGGCAUGACGAACGUCCCCAAUAUCUAUGGGCAAAUGGCUCGUCAAGGCUUUGAAAUCGGGCCGUGCCAGACAUCUCUCCUUGUAUCCAAGUGCCAUGACGCCCUACGAACAGAGAUCCCGGAUGUUCUCAUGGCAGCGAUGGUCUAUUCCUUUGGCCAGAUAUUCACGGACCGUCCAAUCCCAGCCGUGUUUGCAGAAGGCCACGGCAGGGAAGUGUGGGACAGUUCAAUCGACUUGUCAAACGUGGUAGGAUGGUUCACUACCAUUUACCCUGUCUUUGCUGGAUCAGAUUCGCAGUCCAGCCUCAUCGAUACCGUCAAGAUGAUCAAGGACGCAAGGCGCAAAGUUCCCGAUAACGGUAGACCUUAUUUUGCGAGUCGCUGGCUAACAAAGGAAGGUAGAGAAGCCUUUUCUCGCCACUGGCCUUUGGAGAUCACCUUCAACUACCUCGGCCAAUACCAGCAACUGGAGCGUGAGGGUGCUCUUUUCACUCCUGAGAGCAAUAUCGCCGGCGAGAUUAGGGAGGCUAGCCAAGGUGCAGACGUCGGGCCUCUGACAGCUUGCAUCUCCCUAUUCGAGGUGUCCGCCGUCAUAGUCAAGGGAUCUCUCCGUUUCUCAUUUGGAUUCAACCAGAACAUGAAACACCAACCGCAGAUCCGCCAGUGGAUUUCCUGCUGCGAGCAGAGUCUUGGCGAAGUCAUUACAUCUCUGGCCUCAAUGGCACCUGAGCCUACUCUAAGCGAUUUCCCGCUCCUCUCCCUGACCUACGAUCGUCUGAGGGUAUUCACAGAGGAGAAGCUGCCCGAGGCUGGGAUCACAGACGUGGACUUUAUUCAAGACGCCUACCCUUGCUCUCCGAUGCAGUCCGGGCUCUUGGUCAGCACCACGAGGGAGAACGCUGCUUACGCUGCCUACACGUUCCACGAGGUCAAGAGCAAGAGCGGCGAGACAGUGGAUGUGGUAAAGCUUAUCACAGCUUGGAAACGCAUGGUUCAGUACCAUACUAUUCUCAGGACGAUCUUCUUGGAGAGCGUGACGUUGGAGGAUUCCAUCUACGACCAAGUAGUGCUCAAAGAAGUUCAAGUUCCAUUCACUGUUUCUGAGAGCGGUACAGACGACGAGGCACUUGCGGCGCUGAAAGUUCCUACGAACCACGGCGAUAACGCAUCCCGGCUGUUACACCAUUUCCACGUCUGUACAGCAAAGAGCGGCAAGGUCUUUUGCAGGUUGGACAUCAGUCAUGUCAUCAUGGAUGGCACUUCGCUGUCAAUCCUCUUCCGCGACCUUGCCCUUGCGUAUCAAGGAAGUCUCAAGGCUGAGACAGGCCCGCCGUAUCGCGAUUACAUCAAAGCCUUGCAAAGCCAGCCGGUUCAACCCGGCAUCGACUAUUGGAAGUCUUAUCUGGCUGGUAUCGAGCCGUGUCUUUUCCCUGUCCUGGACGAUGGGGAAAUUGCAGAGGUCAAGGAGCUGAGACACUUGAGGGUCAGGUUCGACGAGGUCGCUGAGUUGCAGAGCCUUUGUGAGCGCCAGGGAGUCACGAUUGUCAACGCCAUCUAUGCUGCCUGGGCAGUCACGUUGCGUUUAUACACUGGCUCUGAUGAGGUUUGCUUUGGCUAUCUGACAUCGGCUCGUGAUCUGCCGAUCGAAGGUAUCCGUGAUACCGUCGGUCCCAUCAUCAACAUGGUCACAUGCCGUGUCAACGUUGACAAUACGACCAACUUUGGAGACAUCAUGAGCUCAGUGCAGAGGGACUAUCUCGACAGUCUAGAGUACCGUCACACUCCCCUGGCCCAGGUCCACCACGCACUUCAGCUGUCCGACGCCGUUCUGUUCAACACAGCCUUGUCGUACAGAAAGCUACCGCCAACCCCGCAGACGGACCUUGUUUUCGAGGAAUGCUGCCCUACCUAUGACCCUGAUGAGUACAACGUGUCAGUCAACGUCGAAGCAGGGGAGAGAGACAUGGCCAUCGACUUGAUGUACUGGUCUGAUACUCUGUCGGACGGACAGGCUUCCAAUGUUGCUAGCACUUUUACAAAGGCGCUCAGCAAUAUUCUACAUCAUUGCGACCAGCCCCUUGCUCAGCUCGACCAUUUAGGUUCUUGGCAUAGCAAACAGAUCUGCCGAUGGAACCAGCGGAUCCCUGAAGCCAUUGAAUGCUGCAUCCAUGACCUGUUCAAGCAGCAGGUUGCCUCACGUCCCGACAGCCCCGCGAUUGUCUCAUGGGACAUGGACUUUACCUAUGCUGAACUUGAUAGCGCCUCCGACAAGCUGGCCCAUUACGUCAGUUCUUUAGGCGUCGGCCUGGAGACCUUUGUGAUGGUCUGCUUCGAAAAAUCUGCAUUUGCCAUAGUUUCGAUGCUGGCCAUCCUCAAAGCUGGCGGUGUAUGCGUCCCUCUGGACCCAGCACACCCGGAUGCGGCGCUUCGACUUCGCGCCGAGGAUACAGGGGCUACUAUAGCCCUCGUAUCUCCCUCAGUAGUGUCCAAGCUCAGCUCCAUCGCCAAUACAAUGGUGGCUGUGGACGCAGAUCUACUUCAAACUAUCUCAACGGUACUUGAACCACCUCGUCCCCAAGUCACACCUCACAACGCCUGCUUCGUUAUUUACACGUCUGGUAGUACAGGGCGCCCCAAGGGUGUAGUGCUAGAGCACAGAGGGAUAGCCAGCAACGCCAUGUACUCAGGCCCCAAGCUAGGCUACGGCCAAGACUCGAGGGUUUUGCAGUUCGCUUCGUACACCUUCGAUAACAGUCUUGCCGAAAUUUUCAGCACCAUCAGCCUGGGAGGUUGCGUAUGCGUACCUUCUGAUCAUGAGAGGCUGAAUGACUUGGCCGGAGCAAUUAAUAGGUGUAGGGUCACAUUAGCUGAUAUAACACCCACGGUGGCUUGCUUCCUCAAGCCGUCAGAAGUCCCGACCCUGAAGACUCUGGCUCUUGGAGGUGAAGCCGUGACUGUCAAGUGUGUUGGCAUCUGGCGCGACUUUGUGUCUCUGCGGUGCUGCUACGGGCCGUCUGAAUGCUCUGUCAACUCGACCUACAGUGGCGACAUCGCCCAGCCAGGGAAAGCCAGCAACAUUGGACGUGCCAUUGGUAGCGUCGCUUGGGUAGUCGAUGCAACCGAUCAUAACCUCCUCGUCCCAAUUGGUUGCGUAGGCGAGCUCCUCAUCGAUGGUCCUAUCGUGUCUAGAGGCUACCUGAACCUGCCAGAGAAGAUGGCACAGUCUUUUGUUCCUCCACCCGCCUGUAUCGAGGGAAUGACUGAGAACGCCAAACUGGAUCGCAAGCUCUACAAGACCGGCGACCUUGUGCGCUACAAUUCUGACGGCACCCUUACUUACUUGGGGAGGAAAGAUACCCAGGUCAAGCUCAACGGCCAGCGCAUUGAACUUGGAGAGAUUGAGCACCACAUCGAGGAGAAUCUUCCCAAGGGCUGGGAAUCUGCCGUGGAGCUUAUCACAUCACAGGGCAGAAAGUUGCUCGCCUGCUUUAUUUGUGCUGAUGCCGAUAUUUCCCUCCGAGAAACAAGCGAUGAGAGCAUGGUACUCGACAUGGACCACACUUUCAGAUCUCUUGCAAAAGAGCUCGAGAUCGUGCUGUUCAAUGCAGUUCCUGCCUACAUGGUCCCAUCCGCGUGGCAUCCCGUCUCCAAGAUGCCCCUUACUUCGUCAGGCAAGCUGAAUCGGCGCAGCCUCAGGGUCUUGGGACAGUCGGUUCCGGCAGCGAAGAUGAAGUUGUACAAGCUUGUUCUCAAGAGUGGCAGAGCGCCGUUUAGUGAAGUGGAGAGACAGCUGGCUGCUAUGUGGGCUCAGCUGCUGAACAUCGACGUGGCGUCUAUCGGAGUCCAAGAUCACUUCUUCAAGCUUGGAGGAGACUCGAUUGGCGCCAUGCAACUUGUGACGCUUGCUCGAUGCUCCAACAUCGACUUGACAGUGGCCGGGGUGUUCCAGAAGCCAUCCCUUCUGGAUAUGGCGGAGUCGGCGGUACCGCUGUCCAAGGCCCCAACCACGACAUAUCGGCCCUUCUCGUUGUUGUCUGACGAGUGUUCGGUCGAUGCGUUGCGGCAAACUGUUGCUGACUCUACUCGUAUCGAGGUCGGUGAUGUUCAAGAUAUCUAUCCUUGUUCCGCAUUGCAAGAGGGUCUCAUGGCUCUCUCGACUAAGGAGCCUGGAGCUUAUGUGGCCCAACUCAUCUAUCGAUUGCCAGCCGACAUAGACACUAUUAGGUUCCAGAAGGCUUGGAACAUCGUGGUGGAGGCUGAGCCAACCCUGCGAACGAGGAUCGUUCAUACAGAAGAUUCUGGGUUCGUGCAGGUCGUUAUCGCCGGGGAUAUACCCCAAUGGUCCACCUUUGCCAGCCUCUCUGAUGCCGAUACGACUCGACGCCAGCUUCCGCUGCAUAAUGGUGCGAGAUUGACCAACUACGGUCUCGUUGACGAUGGAUCUACAGGCAAAUGCUUUGUCUGGACUAUCCAUCAUUCCAUCUAUGAUGGCUGGUGUCUUCCUCUCAUCCUCGACAAGGUCAAGCGAUGCUACCAUGACGAUUUGAGUUCCACGCAACUCAAGGGCCCCGACUACUCCAACUUUAUCAAGUACCUUACAGAUCUGGACCCGAAUCAAGACACCGACUUCUGGAAGUCCUAUCUUUCCAAUAUGUCCGCCCAGCACUUCCCACGUCUUCCCAACGCCGAUUACCAGUGUUCCGCAACGAGCCUGAUGAUUCACAAGGCAACAUUGGCGAGCACAUCGGGAUCAGAGAUCACUGCCGCUACUAGAAUCCGCACAGCCUGGGCGAUGGCGGUCUCUACCUACUCCGGAACCAGCGACGUCGUCUUCUGGGAAACCAUGACGGGACGCGAUGCUCCUGUGGUUGGAAUCGAGGAAAUGGCGGGCAUCACGUUGGCGACUGUACCAACACGUGUAGUUACUGAGCCCUCAAAAACCGUUGCUGAACUCCUUGCCUCUGUGCAGGAUCGCUCAGCAGCUGUGAGAAGGCAUCAAUUCGCUGGCAUCCAGUCCAUCAGGAACAUCAGCGCUGAUACGGCCCUUGCUUGCGGCGCUCAGAACCUCUUGGCCAUCAACUAUGGACCUAGAGAGUCGACGGAUGCUUUUUGGUGCGAGCAUUCUAAUGAGAUGGCUGGUACUAAUUUCUACUCGUCAUACCCGCUCAUGCUCUCGUGCCACUUUGCAGAUGGUGAGCUAGAGACUGUCGUGCAUUUUGAUCAGAACGUCAUACCUGAGCCUCAAAUGCAACGCAUCAUGGAUCACUUUGCACUCAUGUUGGAGUCCGUUUCAUCUUCUGAGCUGUUGGAUGAGAAACUUGGAGAUAUACCUUUAUUGAGCUCUAACGACUAUCAGACGAUGCAGGAUAUGAACCGUACUCCGCCUCCCGCCUUCGAGGGGCUUAUCCACGACGCUAUCAGGUAUCAGACAUUAGCCCAAGUACAAGACAAACUCGCUGUCUUGUCGUGGGACCAGAAUCUCACAUACGCGGACCUGGACUCUCAAUCUACACGUCUUGCUGGUGUUAUGAUCGAAAAUGGCGUUUCAGUGCAUUCUAUCGUUCCUUUCUGCAUGGAUAAGUCAUCUCUGGUCGUCGUCUCCAUCCUGGCCAUCCUCAAAUCGGGUGCUGCCUUUGUGCCACUUGAUCCGGCGCACCCCGACGCUCGUAUCGAGAGUAUUCUGGCCGACACUGGGGCCACAGUCGUCCUCUCGUCCGACCAGCAUGCUGAGCGCUUGAUGAAGCUCGGAUCGCAAGUCAUCUCCGUCUCGCAAGCUUUGGCAGACGAUAGUGCCCUGGGUAAAGACGACCCAGCCAAGCGCGCAGCUCCAUCCUUAUCUGCCAACAGUCCAGCUUACAUCAUUUUCACCUCCGGCACAACUGGAAAGCCCAAGGGAACCAUUGUUGACCACUCAGCAUUCUGCACUGGUGCGUAUGCACACGGUCAAGCCAUGGGCAUGACAGAAUCGUCGCGCGUCAUGCAAUUUGCCUCCUAUACAUUUGACGCCAGUAUCAUGGAGAUCCUCACCACGCUUAUUCAUGGCGGCACAGUUUGUGUGCCAAGUACCGAAGAGCGUCUCCACGAUCUCGCGGGCGCUAUGAACCGAAUGCGUGUCAACUGGGCUCUGUUAACGCCUUCGGUAGCCCAGCUGCUUCAGCCAUCGCAUGUCCCUGGUCUCGAAACACUGGUGCUCGGAGGUGAGGCCAUGUCCUCUGUCCAUAUCUCUUCGUGGGCGUCGUCUGUUCGUCUUAUGAACGCUUAUGGACCCAGUGAAACUGCCGUGGUAGCUGCUGUGAACCCCAGUGUUACGCUGGAUUCUUCUCCCUCGAAUAUUGGUCAUGCAGUGGGUGGUAUCUGCUGGGUCACUGAUGCCGCCAACCAUGACAGACUCAUGCCUGUCGGCGCUGUUGGCGAGCUCGUGAUAGAAGGCGCCAUCCUUGCUGAAGGGUAUCUGAAUGACCCCGCGAGAACGGCAGAAUCCUUCAUCACCAAUCCCAAGUGGUGUCAACAGUUCCCAACCGCGGCUGCAGGCAUAGAACGCAAGUUUUACAAGACGGGAGACUUGGUCAAGCUUACUGAGCAUGGGAUUGAGUUCCAUGGACGCAAGGAUGAUCAAGUCAAAGUCAACGGUCAGAGAAUCGAGUUAUCUGAGAUUGAACAUCAUCUGAGCGCGGACCCUGCCGUCGAGUCGUGUCUGGCGGCUGUUCCAGCUUCCGGCCCCUUCAAAGCCCGCCUGGUAGCCAUCCUAUCCCCCAACUCUCUUGCUGUCAUCAGGGGAGAAAUGACGGGAGAUGAAGAGAUGCAGAUCGUGCACAAAUAUGCUCCAUCCCUAUUGGUGGGCAUUCGUGAGGGUCUUGCAAGGCAUCUGACAUCAUACAUGAUUCCAUCUCUGUGGAUUGUCGUGAAACAUGUUCCCCUCCUCCCCUCUGGCAAGCUUGACCGUAGGCGUGCCGUGCGAUGGGUCGAGGACAUGACUUUUGAACAAUACCAUCUCGUUCUUGAUGCGCAGGAAGAGGCGUCCGCUCUGGAUAGAGAACCAUCGGAAGUGGAGAUCAAGCUUAGGGCUGCUUGGUCCAAGGCUCUCAAUCUCAAGGUCGACAUGGUCCCGUUCAAACAGUCUUUUAUCCACCUCGGCGGUGAUUCGAUAUCCGCCAUGAAGCUGAUGGCCAUUUGCCGCUCCUCCAACAUAGCUGUAACUGUCAGCCAGAUCAUGCGAGCCAAGUCCAUCAUCGACCUUGCCUCUACUGUCACGAACGUCGAGGACGUCACGUAUGAUGAAGAACAACUGGAGAAACCUUUUGAACUCUCACCUAUUCAAAAGGUUUACUUUGAGAGUAUCGGCCUGGGUUCUCACCACUUCAACCAGAGCAUGACUCUGGCUACCACCCGCAACAUCACCUCACAGGAGCUGUCGAAUGCGUUGCACUGUAUCGUCAAGAUGCAUAGCAUGAUGCGUGCUCGUUUUUCGCAGGUCGAUGGCAACUGGACCCAGCGGGUUACCAGCGAUAUAGCUGGCUCCUAUACCCUCCGUUCACACGGCAUGGUUGACGAGAAGCGUCUCUUGGAGUUGGUCUUGGAGAGUCAGACUACCCUAAACAUUAUUGAUGGACCGAUAUUUGCUGCCGACAUGUUUGAGAUGGAGGGAACUGGCAACCAGAUCGUCACAUUCGUGGCUCAUCACCUGAUUGUCGAUGUCGUGUCUUGGAACAUCAUCCUACAGGAUCUAGAAGGGCUUUUGUCAGCAUCUCUCCACAGCCCAGCGAAACCAUUCUCCUUCCAGACUUGGAGUUCCAAACAACACGAAGAAGCUCGGAAGGCUUCACUGGAGCGUUCAUUCCACGACAUUCCAGUCCCUCUACAGGAUCACCGAUAUUGGGGAAUGGAAGGCGUACCAAAUCUCCAUGGCGACUCAGUCACAGAAACUAUGACGAUGCCCACUGGCACAUCAUCCCUGCUCUCAGGUAGCAGUCAUAAUGUUGUUGACGUCUUGCUAGCAUCACUGUUAGCAUCCUUCCGCCAAACCUUUCCAGACCGGUCUUCGAUACCCCCCAUAUUCAACGAGGGUCAUGGAAGAGAGCCUCCCGAUGACAUUGUGGAUCUAUCACGCACCGUUGGAUGGUUCACCACUCUCUGUCCUGUCUUUGUACCCGAGGUCAUUCCCGCUGAACACGAUAUCCUCGAUGUAGUGUGCUGGAUACGGGACUUUCGGAGAAAGCUUCCCGGCAACGGUCGACCGUACUUUGCUCAUAGCAUGUUACCUGACUCGAAGCCCCAGAUCGAAUUCCCAGUGGAAAUUGCCUUCAAUUUCCUUGGCCAUAUACAGGACUUUGGAACGGAGGACUCCGUGUUCAAAUCUGUCGAUGGAAACAUGUUGAACUCUUUGAGCUCGCAAUCUGACAUUGGGGCCAACAUCCCACGAUUAGCCCUCAUCGAGAUUUCUGCCUCUUUCACUAACGAAGGGCUGACCUUUGACUUUUCCUUCAACCGCCACAUGCACAACCAGUCAUCUAUCAGCAGAUGGACUCAGAGCUGUAGGGACUAUAUACACCGAGCAGCCCAAAGGUUAUCCCAGGUUACACGAGAGCCAUCCCCGGAUCUGUCUCUGCUUCCUCUGGCCUUCAAGAAGGAGUCCCAGGUAAAACAGAGUCUCGAUGAGGUGGGCAUCACUCUUGACAAUGUUGAAGCAGUAUAUCCAUGCUCCUCGGUUCAGCAGGGCAUCCUCUUGUCCCAGAUCAAGGACCCUGGAUACUACUCUUACUCGAUCACAUUUUCGGUUACAUCCAUACGACCAGGCGAUGUGAUCGACGUAAAGCGGCUAUCAGACGCGUGGAAGCGCGUGGUCCAUCGCCAUUCUACGCUUCGGACCGCCUUUAUGGACAGUCUGCUAAAGGAGGGCGCUAUAAGUCAGGUUGUUCUAAGGAACCACGAUAUCAAUGUUUGUAUCAUCGAAUGUCCCGCCACAGAGGUAGACCAGAGGCUCAGUGCACAUUCACCACUCGGCCUUCCUACAAACCACCCACCUCACCGUCUCACAAUCUUCAACACCGCAGAGGAUACAGUGCUGUGUAUUCUUGAAAUGAGUCAUGCCAUCUCCGAUGGAACCUCUAUGCCUAUUCUGUUCCGCGACCUUGGCUUGGCGUACGAGGGCAGCCUGGAUACUGCCAACCUUGCAGUUUACAGGGACUACGUCUCCUUACAGCAAAGCGGGGGCUCUCAGGACGCCAAGUACUGGAAAGAGUAUUUGGACGGAGCUGAGCCUUGUUGUCUGCCUCUGCUAACUGACGGAGCUACAGGGCCCAGGACUCUUCGAACUCUUGCUCAAGGUAUCUCGCAUGCUGCCGAGUUUCAAGCGCUCUGCACCGAAAGAGGUAUCACUCUAUCCAACCUGCUACAACUGGCUUGGGCACUGGUCCUCCAAGCAUACACAGGCCUUGACGAUGUUUGUUUCGGUUAUCUCGUCGCUGACAGAGACGUUCCCGUCAGUGGCAUUGACGAGGCAAUUGGCGUAUUUAUCACUAUGCUCGUCUGCCGUGUCCGCCUCGAUCCAUUCGCCAGCCUCGGCAUUGUUCUUCAAGCCAUUCAGGAGGACCUCGCCACGGCUAUGAACUAUAAGAAUAUCUCGCUUACCAGCUUCCAGCACGCCGUGGGUAUCUCCAACGAGCCUCUCUUCAACACCGCCUAUUCUUUCCAGCGUAGAUCAGUCUCCAAGGAUAUGGCAGCCGGCGCCAUUUCGUUCGACGUCAAAGAUGCACGGGACCCUAGCGAAUACGACAUGACUGUCAACGUCGAAGUCUGGGACUCUAAUGUCGAGCUUCAGUUAUGUUACUGGCAAGACAAAGUCUCAGACGCGCAGGCCGCCAACAUUGCUUCUACAUUCGACCAGGUCCUUUCCUCAAUGGCGCGAUGCGACACGGCAAUUCCGGUAGGCCAACUGAACAUUCUCAGUGACCAUGGUAGACAGCAGUUGAUGUCGUGGAACAACGCCGAGCCCGAGGUGUUGAACGAAUGUGUGCACCACGUCUUUGAGCACAACUGUCAACGACUAGCUGACCAUACACCCGCUAUCGACGCAUGGGAUGCCACCUUUACCUACCCUGAACUUGAUGCAGCGGCUUCGCGAUUUGCUCAGUACCUCGUCUUUCUCGGCGUCGGGCCCGAGAUGUAUAUCCCGCUCUGUUUCGAAAAGUCAGCAUGGACCGUCGUUGCCAUGAUGGCAGUCCUGAAGGCCGGCGGCGCCUUUGUUCCUCUGGACCCUACUCAUCCGCCCGAUCGUAUCAGGUUCUUGGUUAGAAAUGUUGACGCCAAGCUCAUCGUCUGCUCGACGUCCUUGAAGGCCAAAUUCGACAGCCUGGACCUACCGGCUAUGCCUCUUGGCAAGGAGACCAUGUCUUUGCUUCCCCCUGUGUUGCCGGACUCGCCCAGGAUCACUGUUCGGCCAGACAAUGCUGCCUACAUCAUCUUUACCUCGGGAACGACAGGUGUUCCCAAGGGUACGAUAAUCGAGCAUGCAUCCUUCACCACUGGAGGCACCGCUCACACCAACGCUAUCAUGAUGACACCGACCUCUCGUGUGCUGCAAUUUGCGUCGCAUACUUUCGAUGCCAGCGUCAUGGAGAUCCUGUCCACCCUGUUAGUGGGCGGCUGUAUCUGUAUCCCCAGCGACCAAGACCGCAUGAACGACUUGUCAGGUGCCAUUAACAAGUUUGACGUGAACUGGACUCUGCUUACGCCAUCUGUCGCGAGUGUUCUCAAGCCGGGCAGUCUUCCUACUCUCAAGGUCCUCGUCACCGGCGGCGAAGCCAUGUCAAGAGACCACAUUACGAAAUGGGCUGGCCACGCCGCUCUGAUCAACGCUUACGGCCCCAGUGAGACAUCUGUGAUCGCCGCAACGAGCACGAAGGUUGAUCAUGACGGAAGCAUCCUCAACAGUGACCCCGCUACUAUCGGUAAUGCUGUUGGUAGUCGUUGCUGGGUUGUCGAUGGGCGAAACCACAAUCGCCUUAUGCCAGUCGGCAGCAUCGGUGAACUACUCGUGGAAGGGCCCAUUGUAUCCAGAGGCUAUCUUGGCAACCAGACAAAGACAAAGGAGGCAUUCAUCGAACCUCCAUCAUGGCGUCAAGGCAUGAAGCUUGAGGGAGAUGGCAUAGGUCGUCUGUACAAGACUGGUGAUCUGGUCAUGUACAACUCGGAUGGAUCUCUCAAGUACGUGUCGCGCAAGGACACACAGAUCAAACUCAAUGGACAACGUAUCGAGCUUGGCGAGAUCGAGUAUCAUGCUCAAGCCAACGUACCAAACCACAUUCAAGCCGCUGUUGAUAUAGUUGUUCCGCAGAGCAAGACGUUGACCAAGGCACUAGCCGUCUUCUUUACCAGCGACGAUGAUGUCGAGGAUAGUUUUACCCACGAUGUCGACCCACUUCUAGCAAGCAUGUCGAGUGCUUCAACUGAACUUGCCCAGUCUCUCAAGUCUGCCCUCAGGAAUGCUCUACCAUCGUACAUGGUCCCUACCAUCUACAUCCCACUGUCAAAGAUGCCAUUAACCUUGGCUGGGAAACUCGAUCGCCAGAGACUCAAGGUUAUUGCCAAGUCUAUACCACCUCAGCUCAUGGCUUCCUAUAAACUCUCUGGGACGGCUCGAACCGGAAACCUCCCUACUACGGCGAUGCAGCGCAAGCUACAGAAGGCCUGGGCCACAGUCUUGGACAUUCCUAUCGGCCAGAUCAGCAAAGACGAUAGCUUCUUCAGACUCGGUGGUGAUUCAGUCGACGCCAUGAAGCUCGUUGCGGCGGCCGGGACGGAAGGCGUUGCCAUCACCGUCAUGGCCAUCUUCAACAACCCUGUCUUGUCAGACAUGGCAAUGUCAUGCAAACACUCGGACGAAACUCCCGUCUCAAUCGUAGACACGUUUUCGCUUCUCUCAGACGUUGAAGACCCUUCGUUGCUUCUGCACGAGGUUGCAGGUCGGUGCGGCGUCCAAAAGAGCCAGAUCCUGGAUGUCUACCCUUGUAGCUCUCUCCAAGAAGGUCUUGUUGCUUCAUCCUUGCAUCAGCCAGGCGCAUAUGUUGCUACAUAUGUUUUCGAACUUCCCUUGGACAUCUCCAUCGAUCGUUUCAAGCUGGCCUGGCAGAGUACCGUUGAUCGAGUGGACAUUUUGAGAACGCGUAUCGUGAACACCCUCUCACUUAAGUCCUACCAAGCUGUCCUUGCGCCCCACGAAAUCGAGUGGGAGAAUCAUGACGAUCUCGAGUCUGCCACUACCAAGGCUGGAUCGGUACCUGAGCACAACGGAGGAGCUUUAGCCCGCUACAGUAUCGUUAGCUCGCCUUGUGAUGGGUCUUGCCACUUUGUAUGGGUCAUCCACCACGCGCUAUACGAUGCGUGGAGUAUGCCCUCUCUACUCAAGGUAGUAUCUCAGUUCUACCAUGGAGAUACUGCCCAUGAGCCCGUGGUCGAAUACGCCAACUUUAUCAAGUACCUAGCCGACGUUGACGCUGAAGCCUCUGACGACUUUUGGAGAGCUAGGUUCCUAGAAGCCUCCUCCGUAUCUCAUUUCCCCAAAGUCUCUUCUGCACCAGCCGCGCAAUCAUGUCAUGAAUCUUUGACACAUACGAUGCAGUACAGCAGAAACGGACUUGGAAUGGACAUAACGAUCCCAACAAUCGUCCGCGCAGCAUGGGCGCUUGUCCUGGGGUCUCAAACUGGAUCUGACGAUGUCGUCUUCGGCGAGACCCUGUCUGGACGUGACAUUGCCCUCGAUCAUGUACAAGACAUUCUUGGACCCACAUUAACCACGGUGCCUUCAAGGGUUCAGAUCGAUCGCAACAGUACCAUUGACGACUUGUUGAAGAGUCUUCAUGCACGAGCCACACAGGUCAUCCCCCAUCAGCAUGCGGGCCUCCAGCGCAUCAGACGUUUAGACGAUGCCAUAGCAGUCGCCUGUGACUUCCAGAACUUGCUGGUCAUACAGUCAUCCGACCAAGGAACAGGCCAGAAUGACCUGUUGAACCCGAUCCAAGACGAGGUGGGUCAGCAAAGUUUCUUCACAUAUCCCCUUGUUGUCGAAUGCUCCAUCGAGGCGCACGAGCUCGUCUUGACAAUUCACCACGACAACAAGGUCAUUUCGAGUUGGCAGACGCAACUCAUCGCCCGGCAGUUCGAGACGCUGGUAGAACAACUCAUGGAUCUAUCGCUUCGGCAACCUACUCGUAAGGUAUCGGAACUUCGGCUCUAUGGCCAAGAGGACGUGGAGAUGAUCAGAGGAUGGAACAGCCGAGUUCUUGAGACUUCAGAAGAGAGCAUUCCCGACUUGUUCUGGCAGUCAGUAGCAACCAAUGGUAACGACACCGCCAUUCACGCCUGGGACGGUCAACUCAGCUACGAUGAUCUUGCUCAACACGCCUCGCACCUCGCCAUGAUACUCGUGCAAAAGGGUGUACGUGCUAAUGAGCUAGUUCCAUGCUGUAUGGAUAAAUCUCUCUGGACGACAGUCUCGAUGCUCGCUGUGAUACUCGCCGGCGGCGCCAUCGUUUCCUUGGACCCUGCGCACCCUUCUGCGCGCCAUGCCGAGAUCACCCGCGACUGCAAGGCCCGUGUUGCGUUGUGCACUCCGCAAUAUUCAGAGCGCUUUCAGGGCAUUGUCGAGUCUGUUGUCUUGAUCGAGGCUGAGCUUUUCACUAUGCAGCUACCUUGUCAACAUGUUUCUGUGCAUGAUCUGCCAGCCGUCGCACCUCGAGAUGCCGCGUUUGUCAUCUAUACCUCCGGCAGUACCGGAAAGCCGAAAGGAGUUGUCAUUGAACAUGGUUCGUUUGUAACAAGCUCGAGGGCUUUCAUGAAACGCAUGAACAUGAAUCCAGCUUCGGGCGUACUCCAUUUUGCGUCCUAUGCAUUCGACAUCGCAAUGGGAGAGACGUUCGCUCCACUCACCAUUGGUGCCUGUGUCUGCGUUCCCAGCGAGGACAUGAGGAUGACCGAUCUUGCCGGUUCCAUGAACACCCUCGGGGUCACUUGGGCAUUCCUAACCCCCUCACUCGCAAAUCUACAGGACCCCUCCAAGUUCAAGACACUGCAGACACUGAUCUGUGGAGGCGAGACUCUGACCACCGAAACGAUCAGUGCCUGGGGAGACAAGGUCGAGCUGAUGAAUGGCUACGGGCCAGCUGAGUGUACCAUGUUUGCGGCUGCAAACAGUUCUGUUUCUACUACCAAGGACCCCGCGAAUAUCGGCCACGCCAUGGACGGUAACCACACUUGGGUCGUCGAUCCGAGAGAUCACAACUGCCUUGUCCCUGUGGGAUGUGUAGGAGAGCUUCUCAUCAGCGGUCCCAUUGUGACCCGCGGGUAUUUGAACGACAGGGAUCGGACGGCUGCAUCGUUCAUCGAGGACCCAGGAUGGAUGUACCUUUUCACGAGCGAGCCCGUGCGUCUGUACAAGACUGGCGACUUGGUCAGAUAUUGUCCUGAUGGGUCUCUCGACUAUCUAGGGCGCAAGGAUCACCAGGUCAAGCUCCAUGGCCAGCGUAUGGAGCUUGGUGAGAUUGAGGCUCGCCUUGAGUCUGACCCUCGCAUUCGCCAGGUAUUCGUCAAUCUACCACAAUCUGGCAUCUUCAAGGGUCGACUGGUAGCCAUUACUUCUUUCCAAGAUCCCUUACCCACCGAAUCAUCCCUUGCCACGUCUGGCUUUUUCCCUAUUCCCGAAUCUGCCAUGGAUGCUGCCCGAAGACAGACCCGCGCGCUCCAACACGAUCUGGCCGAGACGCUUCCACCUUAUAUGAUUCCGUCAGUUUGGCUCGCGGUGCAAGCCAUUCCACUCUUACUAUCAGGCAAGCUCGACAGAGCGAGUGCGAGCAGUUGGCUUGCUGAUGCAGAUGUGGACUUUUGCAAGAUCACCGUCGACUUGGAUCACGGCCAAGAUGCUGUGGAUGCGGUAAUGACACCAGCUAGCCAGCAGCUCAGGCGUAUCUGGGCGUCGGUCCUCAACAUUUCAGAGACGGAAACGCCUCUAAACCGUUCUCUUAUUUCUCUCGGCGGCGACUCCAUCAUGGCAAUCCAAAUACUUACCCGCUGUCACGACCAAUCGAUUGCAUUGACUAUGCAGGACAUCAUGAGCGCCAAGGGAAUUUCGGAGUUAGCUACUGUCGUCGCCGCCAAAGAACACCAAGUGCUUGGCUACUACGAGGAAGAUGACGAUCAAGCAUUCGAGCUGUCCCCAAUCCAACGCCUCUUCUUCAACAACAGCGCCAACACGGACCGUGGAGAUCGUCUCAACCAGAGCCAACUCUUGUCCAUCAGCAGGCCUGUCGACACAUCUAGCCUCCAAAACGCUCUUGAUGCUAUUGUUGAGAGACAUCCGAUGCUUCGCGCGCGGUUCAACAAAUCGUCUGAUAGGGAGUGGACACAGCACAUCUUCUCACAUGUCCAAGGUUCAUAUGGCUUUCAACACCACGAGGUCGCUGCAGAACCUGACAUGAUUCCAACUGUAGCCGCCAGCCAAAGAAGCAUUGAUGUUUCUGGUCCUGUUUUCGCGGUCGACCUAUUUAUACUGUCUGAUGGCUCUCAAAUACUGUCACUGGUAGCUCAUCAUCUGGUCGUCGAUAUCGUUUCUUGGAUUAAUAUCAUCCACGACCUCGAGGCACUACUGACCUCUACCUAUUCACCACCCUCCAAGCCCCUCUCGUUCCGCAGAUGGAAUGCUCUACAGAUCGAACACUCAAAGUCUCUCGACAGUGGUGAAGCCCUUAUACCAUUUGCUAUACAACCUGCCGACUUGGAUUUCUGGGGCAUGUCAAAGACUGCCAACGUCUACGGAGACACGAAGCAAAAGUCCUUCGUCAUCACAGAGACUGAUGUUAUCUCCUCCAUACUGGGUGACUCGCACAGAGCCUUCAAGACUGAACCCCUAGAUCUAUUCAUCACGGCAAUUCUCAAAUCCUUUGCACAGAGCUUCGUCGAGCGGGAGCUCCCAACACUGUUCAACGAAGGGCAUGGCCGCGAACCUUGGGAUCAAACGAUUGACCCAUCGCAGACAGUCGGAUGGUUCACCUCGCUCUGCCCUGUACACGUAUCACGACAGAGUCUCGAUCACGGCGAUGACAUUGACCAUGUUCGGAGGGUGAAAGAUGUGCGCCGCAGCGUACCUAGCAAUGGCCGCCCGUACUUUGCCCAUCGCUACCUCACCGAGUCAGGCAAUGACGAACCAAUGGAGAUUUUGCUCAAUUAUCUCGGUCGCACUCAACAAUCAGGCCACGGCAAUUCUCUCCUUAGCACGCUUGACUUUCCAUUCACGGAGCAAGACACUCUCGCUAUUUCCGACGUCGCGCCUGAGACCUGCCGUCUAGCUCUCUUUGAGAUUUCUAUAUCUGUACUUGAUGAGGGCAUUGUCUUCACCUUGAUGUAUAAUCAACACAUGCUUCGUCAAGACGGUAUCGAGACAUGGGUGUCCAACUGUAAGGAGAUUCUCAUCAAUACUACGAGAAAGCUUGCCGAGACCCCUUCUGCCCCCACACUCAGCGACUUUCCUCUCUUGCCCAUCAGCUACGCGGAUCUGCACGAGAUCAUCACUACACAUCUUCCCAAUGCUCAUGUUUCGUUUGACAUGGUCGAGGAUAUAUACCCAUGCUCCCCUAUGCAGACGGGCAUAUUGCUCAGCCAACUCCUAGAUCCAUCGCAGUAUCUGUUCCACGUUGUUCUUCAAGUUACUCUCCUUGACGGCUCAGUGGUCGAUACUGCGAAACUCGUCCAUGCUUGUCACAAAGUCAUUGAGCGUCAUCCAGCAUUGAGAACCAUCUUUAUUGAUAGUCUGCGUCAAGGCGGCUCAUUCGAUCAGGUCGUGCUGCGGCCGUCUGAGUCUCGCAUCAGCACGAUCAAGUGUCGGGAGAUCGACGUCAUGGCCGAGCUAAAUUGCAGGUCCCUCGGCGAGACUAAUAAGAGACACGAUGGCCCUAUGCUCCCCUAUCAGAUCACCAUCUGCGAAACACCACAAGGAAAGGUUUUCAUGAAGCUUGAACUGAACCACGCAGUUACCGACGGUGCUUCGACAUCAGUCCUCCUCCGAGAUAUCUCCAACGCAUACACCAACAGCUUGCCUCCAACUCGAGCCCCUUCCUACAAGGAAUACAUCAAAUACAUCUCCAACCAAUCCACCGCAUCCAGUCUUGACUUUUGGAAAGGCUACCUCUCGGGAUCACAAUACACCGCGUUCCCUACAAUCAACCCCGACCUAACGGCUUACCGCCGCCUAAAGUCUGUUGCUGUCCACUUCGAUCGUUUCCCAGAGCUACAAUCGCUUGGUUCCAAACUCGGGGUGACAUUCUCCAACAUAGUCAUGGUGGCAUGGGCUCUGCUGCUCGGAGCCUACACAGACCGCCAUGAUGUGUGCUUUGGCUAUCUAGCGUCUGGACGUGAUGCCCGUAUCGAUGGCGUUGAAGGCAUUGUCGGUCCUCUCAUCAACAUGCUCGUAUUCCGCUUCCAGUUUACGCCCGAGACGCUUCUCAAGACACUCUUCCACAGUGCUCGACAUGACUACAUGGCCAGUCUACCUCACCAGCAUUUCUCUCUAUCUCGUGUUAGCCAUGCCUUGGGCCAAGCCAAACGGGGCUUCUUCAACACAGCGGUGUCCAUCCAAAACGCCGGUGUAUCAAGUGUCUCCGAGCCCAACUCGCUCACCUACGAAGCUGUUGAAGCCUAUGACCCAAGCGAGUACGCCGUCACGCUCAACGCCAAUACUACACGAGGUGACGAAGGCAUUGUCUUCCGUUACUGGACCAAUAUACUUUCAAGCUCGCAGGCCCAGGACCUCGCUGUGAACAUGUCCGAGCUACUAAACGAUUUUAUCGAUCACAGCGAGAGCACUCUGGUCCGCCUUCGACUAUUACAGAGCUCACCAGUGGCUCGCAGCACAUACACGCAAUCACCCGAGAUUGACGGCUCGACGUCCGAACAUGACGAUACAAACAACCAACCCAAAACACACAGCUCGGGAAUCAGUGCAUCUUCGACUUUGAUUGACGUUGGCGACGCAGCCUCCAUGUCGUCCAACAUGUGUAACUCAUUCUCCCGCGACAGGAAGCAUCUCCACAACAAGCUGUCCGCAUUAUGGAGAGACAGUCUCGAGUAUGAGGGUUGUGCAAUCUUACCUACUGAUAAUUUCUUCGAAUCCGGCGGUGACUCGAUUAUCGCCAUGUCCAUGGUCGGCAAUGCCAGAGACCUGGACUUGCCGCUCACUGUGGCCGAUAUCUUUAAGAAUCCGGAAUUCGGUUCCUUGUUGGAUUGCCUCAACGACAAGUCAUACAAGGAUAGUGACAGGGCUUCUAGCUAUGACCACGUGGAUAUCUCGACCUCUAAGAAGGAAAAUUGUAACACCAGUGAACAGCUCUACAAGCCCCUCUGCAUGCUUGACACAGAUGAUGCUGAACAAUUCGUUCGAAGUCACAUCUGCCCUGUCGUCGGCGUGUCCCGAGCCAGCAUUAUCGACGUCCUCCCGACUACCGACUUUCAAGACCAGGCCAUUCAUGGAAGCCUUCUCAAGUCACGAUGGCAGCUCAACUACUUCCAUCUGGAUUCUUCAGGCGCGCUUGACAUAUCUCUCCUUCGAGAAAGCAUCACCAAUGUUGUUGCAGCCUACGACAUCUUGCGCACCGUCUUUGUCUAUCAUCAAGGCCGUUACUUGCAGGUCGUCCUCCGACAGGUCCAACCCACUCUCAUUGUCGAAGACGUUGAGAGCAUAGAUAAAUUUACUUCAGAGCUUGGAUUAGCCCAUCAGCACGCGGUUCAGCAUCCUCAGGAACCCUCCCUCCGCUUCAUAGUAGCGCGACACAAGUCGUCAGAACGACAUCGAAUCUUUAUCAGGAUAUCCCACGCGCAGUAUGACGGCUUGAGCUUCCCAACUAUCCUACAGAGUCUGAAGGCUUCAUUUGAGGGAGAGCCUAUCCAUCCCACACCGUCGUACGCAAGUUACAUCCAGAGGGUGUUGGGGACGAACAAGCAAGGAUGCUACGCGUACUGGAGAGCCCUUCUGAAGGGUUCUACCCCCACCAACGUCAUACAACGACAGCAUACAUCUUUACAAACAAACCCUACCCAGGUCUUGAGAAAGAUCGUUUCUACACCGUCGCUUGCGUCAGUCAACAUCACAACCUCUACUGUCAUCAAGGCUGCCUGGGCCUCGGCAUUGGCAAGAGUCACAGGGAAGACGGACGUCGUUUUCGGAAACAUUAUCAGCGGACGCAAUGGCAGCAAUGUGCCCGGCAUCGAAAGCGUUGUCGGCCCCUGUCUGAACGUUGUUCCCGUACGUGUUCGCCACCAACCCUCUUGGACCGUUCUAGAUCUCCUUCGAUACAUCCAGAGCCAGCAGGUCGACAAUAUGCCGUAUGAGACACUGGGCUUCCGGGAGAUCAUCAACAAGUGCACUGAGUGGGAUGAUGAUGGAGCCAAUGGCUUUCCUACUGUUGUUCAGCAUCAGAGUAUGCCGCGGACAGAGAGUUUCGCAAUGGGGGGGAACACGUACCAAGUUGGUGUGAUGGGUUCGCAGGAAGACUGCGCUGACCUGAGUGUUGUGACGACGCCUCAAGAUGUCAACAGCACUGAAGUUUGUUUGGUUUACAAUUGGGAUGGAGCUAUAAGCAAGGACUUCGCAGAGCAGAUGUUUGACUUUCUUUGCGAUAGGAUUUCGGUCUUUUCAAAGGAUCCUUAUGCUCUAUUGUAGUAUUCUAGUGUAUCAUGUAUUAGGUUUCCUUUUUUUUUUUUUUUUGUUGGUUAGUCUCAGUCUCUCUUUUAUGUACACAACAUGCAGUGCAAUCCUCAGGCUAGUGUAGAGCCAUUCUGUGUCUCUCACAGCCGUGACUGUUUCAUUGAUGCUCUGGAUUAAUUAACUAAUUAUACAGAGUUCUUUAC